AGCUUUUGACUCAGUUCAUCUCAAAAAAUAUAUUCCACUGAAUCGUGUUGUGUUAAGCUUAUCAGUACAAAAAUGGGUGUAUUAAUUGGAUUAGAUAUCCUGAUAUUGACGGCACUUAUACUGUUGCUCACUGCCAGUUGUCGCUUGUAUCAAAAGCGAAAAUUAUAUCGGAAUGUAACCUCGAAGCUGCCAACGCUUUACGGUAUUCCUUUUAUUGGGGUUACAUAUAAAAUUCUUGAUGUGAAUAACUUUUACCAGAAGGUUAGUUUGGGCUUUGAUAGUAUCAAAAAAUUAACUGGUUGCGUGUGGGUGGGUACAACGCCGUAUAUUUUUACCGUCGAUCCUGAAGUAAUCAAACAUGUUGUUUCAUCGCCAGAAUUCCUCGACAAAGCCAAAGAUUUGUAUAAACACUUUCAAAACGGUAUAAUCAAUGGACUCAUCCUCAGUCCAGUAAAGAAAUGGAAAUCGGAUCGCAAGGCUUUAAGACCCUUUCUCGCACAUAAAAAUUUAACUCAAUUAAUUUCAUACUUCAAUGACAACGCAAAUAAUGUGAAUAAUAAACUAGCAGGCCUGGCAGAACGUGGUGAACAGGAUAUUUUUACAAUUAUCAAAAAAUGCGGUUUACAAUUGAGCCUUUUAACUAUUAUGGGUAUAAAGGUGGACGAAAGCAGUGAAAAAUAUUGUAACAUGAUGCAAACAUUUAAUGACUAUUUCGAUCACAUGGCAGUAGACAUGUUUUUGGGUUUGUUGGGUCUACGUUGUCUAUCCCGUACACCAAAUUAUAAAAGGGUCCUGAAAUACCUUCAAAACCUGGUACGAUCUCUGAUUAAAGAAAACCUUUCACAAAAACUUGAGUCAGAGGACGUAAACAAUUUCCUAGACGACAAACAAUGGAUGAUUGAGUUAGCGCUGAAGGCGGUGCGACGAGGAGUAUUUAGUGAAAAGGAUGUGGAAAUCGAGUGUUUCACAAUGAUUGCUGCGUCUUACGAUACUUCGGUUACAGCAGCAUACACAGCCCUAGUGACGUUGGCAAUGCAUCCUGAGAUGCAGGAACGUGUUUUUCAAGAGAUUCAAUCCGUAUUUCCGGACGGGGUUACAUCCGUAGAAUAUGACGAUAUGAAGAAACUUCCCUAUUUAGAUAUGUUUAUAGCGGAGGUAAUGCGUUUGUCUCCGCCAAUACCCUAUAUCGGACGUCAAGCUGCACAAGACACCGAACUUUGUCCAGGCGUAACAAUACCCAAAGGUAUGCAAGUGGCAAUACCAAUUUACGAAUUACAUAGACGUAAGGAAAUUUGGGGUCCGAAUGCAAAUCGUUUCAAUCCGGAUAACUUUUUACCCGAGAACAUUGCAAAGCGUCAUCCAUUUUCUUACAUGCCCUUUUCGAAAGGCCCACGGAACUGUAUAGGCUUUCGUUAUGCUGAAAUCUCAUUACGUAUCAUAUUGAUACAUGCCGUGCGCAAUUUAAAAUUUUCCACCAAUUUUAAAUAUGAAGACGUCGUUCAUGUGCCAAACAUAACAUUGGGUUUUAGAAGGCAGCCGCGAGUGAGCAUAAAGGUCAGGUCAAAUUAAAUUGCUUGAACAAAGUACAGGGAGAAAAUAAAUGGUAUAUUGAUUCGAUUUGUAAAUAUAUAAUUUCAAAUAUUUCAAAUUAAAAAAAAAAAUUACGAAAGAAUUAUUAAAAGGAGUACAAAAAAUAAUUUUAAACAAAAUAAAUUUAAAAUUUAGCCAUCAUUGGUUGCAUGUCCAAUUUGCAGAA